CAUAAGUUCUUUGCAGGUACUGGUAGUGAGUCGUCACACACACAUGUUAUUAAGGGCCCUGCAGGACCCGUAGGUGCCCCAGGUAUUCCUGGACCUCCUGGUCCAUCUGGACCUCCUGGUGCGUCUGGAGCUACUGGUUCAUCUGGAAAGGAUGGCUCUCCCGGUGUUCCUGGAUCUCCUGGUCCUCCUGGAGGAUCAGGUUUUCCUGGCCAUCCUGGAAUCGAUGGUAUUCCUGGUUUUAAUGGAACUCAUGGUUCUCCUGGACCUGUUGGUGCCCCUGGCUCUCCUGGCUCUUCUGGAGAAGAUGGUUCUCCUGGUGAGCGUGGUCCUUCUGGGUCAGAUGGUGCUCCCGGUUCUCCUGGUCCUCCUGGAAAGGAUGGGUCUCCUGGUAUUCCUGGAUCAAAUGGAUAUAAUGGAUCUGCUGGUGCUCCUGGUCCUUCUGGUAAGCCGGGAUCUGAUGGCUCUACCGGUGCUCCUGGAGCCCCUGGUGCUGUUGGAGCUCCCGGUGUGCCUGGACCUGUGGGUCCUCGUGGACCUGAAGGACAUCAAGGCCAUAAGGGUCUUCCUGGUCCUCCUGGUCCUCCUGGUCAAAACGGAAGCAAUGGCAUGGAUGGUAUUCCUGGCGUUAAUGGUGUUCCAGGCUCGAUUGGUUUACCAGGUCCUCCUGGAAGCAAUGGUACUAAUGGGCAACCAGGACCUCCUGGUGCUAAUGGUAGCCAAGGUCUUCAAGGCAUUCCAGGAGUUCCAGGACCAAUAGGACCGCCAGGGGCGAAUGGAAGCUCAGGGCCUGUAGGACCAGUUGGACCUGCAGGACUUAUAGGACCUGCUGGUCCUGCAGGCAGUCCUGGACCUGCAGGAGCAACUGGAGCAGUAGGACCUGUAGGACCAAUAGGGCCACCGGGAAUUCAGGGACCUCCUGGAAUAAACGGUACCAACGGAAAUCCAGGAAUUCAAGGAAAUCCAGGAAUUGCAGGACCUCCUGGACCUCCUGGACCUCCUGGACUUCCUGGGCCUCCUGGACUUCCUGGAAAUCCGGGAGUUGGAGGUGGACGUUAACAUAACAAUUGCAGAAGUUAUCAUUCUCAGUCACCAGAUUAUGAUCAAGCAGCCAAGGUGGCUGUGGAAGAAACAAUUAUUGUAUGAUUGUACCAGCUGCUUUGCCAGCUGCCGUAUUUAUUGGUCUUGUAAAAGCUUCAUUAAUAGAGUUUGUUGCGGUUGCUGCAGCAGCAGUUAUCACCUGCUACACCAAUUGUUGCUUCAUAUAUAUUACCAGUAAAUAAAAUUAUCAUUUGUUGUUGCUUGAAAUAUAUUCAUUUAUUUGCUUCACAUGUACUUCUAAUGCACAUUUUGA